CGAGAGUUCCAUGCCCCUCGAGGCGCCUGCCGGGCCUCGGUCUCGGACUGGACGAAACAUGGACCGCACACCCGUCGUUCGGCAAGACGUGUUUUGGUGCUGUCACUCGACGUCGAGACAGCAUCUUUCAUUGGCCGUCGCGGGUGGAACGGCGGGCUAACCAGAGUGAAUCAAGUAGCGGUGGCGGGGAUCCGAUCAUCCUGGGGCAUCGGUCGGCUGCAGCUGGGGGAGGUUGGCACACGACAGCACAUCAACAACACAUCAACACCCACCAUCACGCCUCCAGCCUGACCCGUCAUUCUCCCCGCAGUCCCCUCAAACGCCAUGGCCGGACGGGUGCGCCAGCCCAUCGACAUCGGGGCUCUGGAGAAAUGGAUUUCCAGGAAUGUGCCCCAGAUUGAAGCGCCGUUGGACGUCAAGCAGUUUGGCUUCGGCCAGUCCAAUCCGACCUACCAACUGACAGCCUCCGACGGCAGGCGCUACGUCCUCCGCAAGAAGCCGCCAGGACGCCUCGUUUCCAAGACAGCCCACAAAGUCGAGCGCGAGUACCGCAUCAUCCACGCUCUGUCCAAGACCGACGUACCCGUGCCCAAGGCCUACUGCCUGUGCGAGGAUUCGUCCGUGAUAGGGACACCCUUCUACAUCAUGGAGUUUCUGGACGGCCGCAUCUUUGAGGACCCCGUCAUCCCCAACGUGCUGCCCGACCACCGCCGCGCCAUCUGGGCCGACGCCGUGCGCACCCUGGCCAAGCUGCACCGCAUCGACCCGCGCUCCGUCGGUCUCGAGAACUUUGGCAAAUCCACGGGCUUCUAUAGCCGUCAAGUCGCCACCUGGCGCGGCGUGUGCGAUGCCCAGGCCGCCGUUCGCGACGUCGAGACUGGCGAGGCCGUCGGGCCGCUGCCAUACUUUGACGAGCUCAUGACCUUCUUUGCCGACGAGAGCCAGCAGCCUGCCGAUCGCGGCGCCCUCAUCCACGGCGACUUCAAGAUCGACAACCUCGUCUUCCACAAGACGGAGCCCCGCGUGAUUGGCAUCUUGGAUUGGGAGAUGUCCACAAUAGGCCACCCUCUCUCGGACAUCUCGAACUUACUCACCCCGUACUUCACCGCAGGCCUCGACCCGCGCCGCUCCGUCAACGUCCACCCCGGCUUUCUUCCACGCGCCACGCGCGGCCUGCCCACUCCCGACGAAAUCACGACGCUCUACUUUUCCGUCGCCUCUUCCGCGUCGCCGAGUAGUUCCUCCCUGGAGCUGACCCUCAACAACCCAGGGGGCCGCCUGGAUAGCGUCGACUCCGGGGAUGCGAAGCGCGAGCUGCAGUGGGCGCAGGCGUUCAAUAUCUUCCGGCUGGCGGCCAUCUGUCAGGGUAUUGCGGCACGGCAGGCCGGGAGGCAGGCGAGCAGCGAGCAGGCGAGGCGGUACGGCGAUGCGAGGGGGCCGUUGGCUGAGUUUGCUUGGGAGUUGGUGCAGAGCGCCAGGUCGGGCGGAGGAGGUGGUGGUGGUGGGAAUACUGGGCAGGGCGGAAGGGGAAAGGGGACGGGGGCGAGGCUGUGAGCCUUGGUCUUGGGUUUGACUGAGUCUUUUAUCCUGGUUGGUCACGGUAGAGGGCGCCGCGGUGGUCAUCAAGCAAGCAACCAAGAGAGUAUAUUGGCAUUGAAUCCUGGACAUGGCUGAUUUGACAUUGCAUUGCAUACCCUACCACCUCAAUCCCACGUCACGAUGGGAGCAUCCAGAAUCGAACCUUGUGUUUACUCCCGCCCUUCUCGAACAAUUUGCAUCUCCCCUUGCCCGUGGCUUUCCAUCUUGCCCUCCAUUAUCCCUUCCACCUCCCCGAAUACCUCACUCAAUAGACUCGUGACAUGAUUAGCAAGCAACCCAUAUCACCCAAGUGAGCAUAACG